UGUUGACGGAAGUUGGUUUAGUCACAUGGGUUAGAUCUUUUAUCUUCAUCUUCCUUGGACUGAAGAAGUAGUGUGUUGAAGUGGCUAAAUUAUGAAAAGUACUGACUGAAGUUUAAGUUGACAGUUUAUAUAAAGAGUGGCCAAACUAUUAAUAUACAAUGGAUAUAGAAGUCAAUGUCAGAAUCAAUCUUUCUAAAGUUGACCAAAGGGAAGUAACUCUGGUAGUACCAGAACAGACAACAGUUGGCAGUUUUAUCAGAAAAGUGUGUAGAGAAAAUGAUAUUCCUAUGAAAACCAGUUAUGUUUUGACAUUAUAUGAAUCGAGUGAACCAUUAAGAUGGUCUUCCAGACUCAAUAGCUGUCAUGUAAAUACUGGAAUCACUGUGGUGUUAGCUGAAAAUGAGGAUGAUGAAGACAUGAAUGAAAUAAGAACUGUACAUUGUAAUCUUUGGUGGCCAUUUGCCUUUAUAUGCUUCAUGAUUGGUAUAAUAGGAAUAACAGCAAUAGUGGUUGUGAAACACAUGCAGGAGCAGCCAGAAUAUGAGUAUGGUAUUGUAAUGGAUGCUGGAUCCUCCCACACCAAGCUGUUUAUUUAUAAAUGGGAUGGAGUGAAGGAGAAAAACACAGCUCUUGCAGAACAAAUACACACCUGUUCUGUUCCAGGUCAUGGAAUUUCAAGUUAUGAGGCCAAUCCUGAAGGACUAGCACCAGGUUUAAGACAUUGUUUGAGAGAAGCUGAGGGUACUGUACCUAAAGAAAAGCAAUCUUCUUCACCUGUUUACCUAGGAGCCACUGCAGGCAUGAGACUAAUUCAUGAGGUAAACAGUACAAUCACAGAUGAAAUCUUUAAGGUGGUAAGAAGCACUAUUGCCGAGUUUCCAUUCAAAUUCACAGACCCUAAUAAACAGGCCAGGAUAAUAACAGGGGCAGAAGAAGGACUUUAUUCCUGGGUUACUGCUAAUUAUCUCACUGGAAAAUUUGGAAUGGUCCAUCCUCUUAAAUUGAAAUCAGAAAAUAAAUGGAAUUUGGAGGGCCCAGGAGAUAAUACUUUAGGAGCCAUGGAUAUGGGAGGAGCCUCAACACAGAUGACCUUUAACCCUGGGUCUCAGGUUACUGUUCCCAUGGAGUAUAGUGGUGAUGUGAUAUUAUAUGGGAUUAACUAUACAGUCUAUACACACAGCUAUUUGUGUUUUGGUAUCAACGAAAUUGAAAGAAAAUACAAGGCACUGCUUGUAAAGAGUAACAAUUAUUCUAGUACCAUUCCUAAUCCCUGUGGCCCUACAGGUCAUACAACAGUAGAAACAUAUACUGAUGUGUUUGAAGCUCCUUGUACCAAGGCAGAUAAAACAUUUAUGGCAGAUGAUGGUGAAAAGAACAGAACAUAUGAGUUUAUUGGUUCCAGUAACAAUACACAGUGUUCUGCUAUGGUUGAUAGUCUGUUUAACUUUGGUGCUGGCUGUGGUUUCUCUGAGUGUUCCUUUAAUGGAACAUAUCAGGCACCUGUCCAUGGAGAAUUUUAUGCAUUUUCCAAUUACUUCUAUGAGAUGGAUUUCUUAAAUUUGACAAAGAAUUCUUCAGAAGUCAGUCUAUCAGAUUACACUUCAGAGUUGACCAGCUUAUGUAGCUCUCCUUGGUCCAAGGUUAAAAACAUGAAGGCUGCCAAUGCUGAGUUUUUACCAUGGUACUGUUUCCGUGGACACUAUAUACUCAGUUUGUUAACGUCAGGAUAUAAGUUUAAUGAUACAACAUGGAGAAAUAUUAGAUUUUUGAACAAGGUAAACAAUAAGACUGAGAUAGGGUGGAGUUUAGGAUUUAUGAUAAGUUCCAGUUCAUCAAUUCCAGCUACCAUUCCAGACAUUAUGAUAUCUAACUUAGCUUUUAUUAUGUUAUGUGUUUUGUUUAUUAUUUUCAUGAUAUUAGGUAUAGGGUUUAUAUUGCUGGGUGGUAAAUAUCAAAAAAUGAAACAAAGAGGAAUGUAUGAACGAUUAAAAAGUUAUGGUGCUGUAUAACAGUCAUUGUUGAUGUUUCUUAUGUCUGUGAUAUAUUCAUGUUAGUAUUUAUUGUGUAACAUCAUUGUAAUAUAGUGAGGAAUACAAUAAUGUUGUAUGUGAUGUGUCAGUAUUCUCAAUAAUAACAGUGAAAUUCAGAUACAGAGACAGAUUCUUCAGGUGGAUCCAUGUCAAUAUAAAAUGCAAUAAUCCCAUAUGAGAUUGUGAUUUGUUUAUUUUUGUUAGCCAUAUGUCAUGAUUUUCUCCCUUUUAUAGGCAGGAUUAUUGAUACUUCUGGAUUCAAGUAAAAGUCCUUGACUUUUUGCACUAAAUGCUCAUCCAAUCUACAAGAACAACUUUGUUCUUCUUCUAAAGCAGAUAUAUUCUGAAGGUGUAUCCAUCUAAUACCGAGCUCUUUGCCAGCUAUUUUUCAUCAGACCAAUGUUUAUAUGUUGAUUUUAAAAGACACUGUUACUUCUUUUGUGCCUGUUUACUAUAGCCACCUUUUAAACUCUGAAGGCUACUUUGUACAGCUGUGAACGUUUCUUUAUAUUACAGAGCUUGUUUUGGAGGUAUAAUUCCCAAUUUAGUGAAAUCUUGGAGUUAUUGAAGAUAUCAGACCAGAUAUUAUGCAAGCAAACUUCUCUGGUGUUUUUGGAAGUGAUUGUUUGGCUCUAUACACAGCUUUUCUCGCAGCAUUUGCUGUUGCAUAAGCUUUUAGUAACUUUUGUAAUGAUGGUGUCUGUAAACAUAUUGUUAAACAGUCUAAUCUUUUUCUUUUUCUAUUGUAUUCUUUCACAUGCUUUUUUUUUGGGCAGAAUGUCUUUCUCUAGGUUCGUUUUUCUUUUGCCUCCAGUAAUCCUUUUGCUUUUCUUUCUCUUUUCUAUUGUUGGCUUUACUAGUCAAGCUUGAAGUAAUUUUCCCCUUGUGCUUUUCUCUGUACUUUCUAUACCUCUAAAUAGAAAAGAAAUAGAAUAAAUAGAAAAGGACAGUACCAAACUAGUUAUACUGUGUUUGUAAGCAAGACACAAAAGUCGCCUGGAUGACAUAUUUUAAGAAAAUAAGUUGCCCAAAAUGAAGUUUGGAAGACUUAUUGUUUAUCCUUUUGAAAUCCCCCUUUAGGCCUCAAAAUUAACCAUGUGGGCCCCUUGUUUGAGUUUCAUUUGAUAAAUACAAAUAUUCAAAUCUAUAUAUCGAUGAUGAGGAGAACAUAAUAUUCUUAGAAAUUGACCCCAUAUACCCCAUUUUCUAGACCCCCCC